ACUCGACCAUCCUCGUCUCCUACGCCUGUGCUGAUACGCUUCUGCUGCAAAGAUGACAGAAGUUCAGCCUACCCCACUCAACCAGUACGUCGGUUUUGACUCGAUCACUAGGCAGAUUGAGACAAAGCUGCUGAAGAGGGGCUUCCAGUUCAAUGUCAUGGUCGUUGGUCAGACUGGUCUGGGAAAGUCGACUCUCAUCAACACACUCUUCGCUAGCCACCUCAUCGACUCAAAGGGACGUGUAGAUGCUUUUGAGCAGCCUAGAUCUACCACUGAAAUUCACCCAGUCUCACAUCUCAUCAUCGAGAACGGUGUGAAGCUGCGUCUCAACAUCGUCGACAGCCCCGGAUACGGUGAGCAGAUUAACAACGAAAACUGCUGGGACCCUAUCAUCAAGUACAUCAAAGACCAACACUCGGCAUACCUCCGCAAAGAGCUGACCGCUAUGCGUGAGCGCUACAUUACAGAUACCCGCAUCCACUGCUGCCUCUUCUUCAUCAACCCCACCGGCCACACUCUGCGGCCCAUCGACGUCACCGUGAUGAAGAAGCUCGCCGACGUGGUCAACGUGGUGCCGGUGAUUGCCAAGAGCGACAGCUUGACAUUGGAGGAGCGGGCACAGUUCAAGGCGAGGAUUCGUGAUGAGAUGGAGUACCAUGACAUUCAUGCGUACCCCUUUGACAGCGACGAAUUCGAGGAGGGCGAGAGGGAGCUCAACGAGAGGAUGAGGGACCUGAUCCCCUUUGCUGUUGUCGGUUCUGAGCGCAAUGUGGUCAUCGAUGGCAAGACCGUGCGUGGUCGCAAGAACCGAUACGGCGUCAUCAACGUAGAGAACGAGAACCACUGCGAGUUCAACCAGCUGCGAACAUUCUUGACCAGGACGCAUCUACAAGACCUGAUUGAGACGACUGCCCUCAAGCAUUACGAGGCUUUCAGGUCGAGGCAGCUCCUAGCCCUCAAGGAGAGCAGUGCCAAGCAGCAGCAGGCUCAACAGCAGCAGCAGAUGCAGCAACAGGCCAAUGGAGUCUAGAUGACAGGUCAUGACUGGUCGGUGAAGGCGGCUAGCCGGGUGAGGUGGUUUAAGCCCAGUACUCUGAGAAAUGGGACAGACCCCCCGCGCUUCCUCUGCCCUGUGCGAAGAGACUCUUCUUGUAUAUCCCUUUUUCUCUCUCUCUUUUCAAAAAGCGUCAUUGAUGACCUCGCCAAAGGUCAAACUCAGUCG